AUGCGAUUUAGCUUCGAUGAGCUUUACGGGAUUGAAAGCUCGGAACAGUGGGAUGCAGAGGAAUAUUCAAUCAUUGAAAGUGACGAUGAGCACAUCCCGCGACUAAGGAUUCCCCACAAAAUAGAAAAAAAGGAUGGGAAAAAUGACGAUUACGACCUGAAAGAUCAAUUGGACGACGACGAGAAUCUGGCAUUGUUGGUGGCCAAUCUUGAUCUGACCGCUAAGCUGCCUGGUGGGCCCUGUAGGAAUCCAGGUAAUAUUACUACUACAAGAACGCUUAAACAUGAAAGACUAGCUUCGAGAGCAAAUGUUCCUGAUGUUGAAGAUGAAGAAGAAGAGGUGAAUAAUGCAUUUACACAAUUGCAAGAUGCGGUUACGAGAGACAUUCUACAAAAAAUGAAAUCUUUGCAACUAAAUAACGAUGAGCAAGUUCGAAAUGUUCAAGCUGAAAAACAACGGAUACGGGAAGAGCAGCAAAGGCGGGAAAAGGAGCAGCGAGACCGUGAGCUCAAAGAAAAGAAGCAAAAGGAGGAACUGGAGCGUUUGAAACGCGAACAGGAGGAGGAAAAACGCAGACAAGAAGAAGCAAAGAGGAAGCAAGCUGAUCUUGAGGCCAAGCUUCGAGAAGAAGAACGUGUGAGACAGGAAAAACUAGCGGCACAAAAAGAGGUAGAAGCUGCCGAGAAGCGUGCACGCGAAGAUGCCGCUAGAGGCAAAGGAAUCACCAAUUUCACCGAAAUUCAGGCGUCAUUCCACCAUUACAAGCAUAAGAUAAAGCAGAUAAAGCACGAGGUGGUAGAAGCAGUCAAAAAAGACGCCAACCUCAAGUCCAUUCUAUCAAAACACAAGCGUAAGAUCAACCCUAAAUUUGGUCAGUUAACCAAUAGUGAGGAACAUUUACGCUCGAUUAUAUUAGAGGUGACCUCGCUAGUAGAUCAAACUAAGCCCAACGAUUUGGGCUAUCAAUGGAUUUUGAACUUCAUAGCAAAAGCACUCGUGUCGCAGGCCGAAACCGAGGUUCGGGUAAAGCCCGAAAGCGCAUUACCAUUAGCGAAGCUGGCGUUGACACUGCUAGCACAAUAUCCAGAAUUAUUGGAGCUUUUGAUGGCAAGAUUUGUAAAAAAAUGUCCUUAUGUGAUUGGGUUUUCAUGCGCCAUUGAUUCAGAGAAUGGACGUUACAGUAUGGGGUGGAAACGUAGUCAGGACAACACAUGGGAGGAAGAAACUUCAUAUGAUGAACGUAUGGGUGGCAUCGUGACGCUUUUCGCGACCAUAACACGUUUAUCUUUACCUCCGGUCCUUAUCGGGAAGUUGGAGCACCCGUUACCCAUGCAGCGCUCGUGGCAGUUGGUCUCGCGUGUGGCAAACACAUCUGCAGACUUACUCAGUAACACGCAUUUUGUUGUACUUGGAUGUUGGUGGGAUGCGGCAGCGGCCCAACUGAUACAGGCAUAUUCAAGACAAGGCCACAAAUUAUUGGCGUUGAUCGCGACAGAUCUUACAACUUCAGUAGCGGACAGGCGUUAUGUGGGGGCGGCUAGACUACGUAUUCUGUUCGAAGAAUAUGAGUCGACUGGUAAACCAAAGAGUUUUCCUGAAAUGAAGAACAGUUGA